UUGCCAAAAAAACAGUUAGCCAGGAAUUCUCCGGAGAAUCGACAGAAGAUUCUCCUGGGAAACGAACUCGUGCCCACGUGUCCUACGUUCUCUAACCCAGUUGCUCACUUCACCAAAACUUUUCAAUGCUAAAUGUGUGUUUUUUCUGUGUGCCAAAAAAAGAAAAACCAAACGUUUUGAUUUCCAGAAAAAAAUGAGAGAGAAAAGCCAAACAUUUUCCGCCAGUGUACCUGUGUGCUUGUGUUUGUGCCACCGAGUGUCUGUAUGAUUGCCAAUGUUUUUUGUGGCCUCUCAGUUUCAAUUUCUUGGGGAAAAUCAGUACGACUUCUGGGCCCCGAAGGCAGACGGCAGUCGUACCCGUACUUUUCAGACCCAUCAACCCAGAGCCCCGAAGAACUGGAGAAACUGUGGAACCACAAAGGCAACAUGUUGCACAUGCACUCGCCAAAAGCAAUUUGCAUACAAAUGUUGCCAACGCACUUCAAAAACUGCACAAUCACAGGGGCUUCUAGGGGGGACAACCGACAUCGCUGGACAUUGGACAACUGGAACGGACAUAUAGGACAGCAGCUGGAGGAUCGGGAGGAGGUGGACCAGGAGUUGGCCAACAGGAGAGGAGGAGAGGUGGCCAAGUCCACUUCACAGCCGCCUGAUGUUUGGCAAACAUCGGCAGAAUGGAACCGAUUUUAG